CCCGCGCCCGCCCCGGCCCGGCUCACACGCGGCGGCGGCUCCGGCAGCGGCAGCGGCGGCACCGGCACCGGCACCGGGAGCGGGGCGGGGGAAGGACCAGAACCGGGCAUGGCACGGCCUCCUGAGCGGGGCGAUCGGCGCUGAACCCCCGGCACGACCCCUGGCACGGAGCCCCCGGCUCAGCAUCGCUCGAUUCAGUUACAGGAGCAUUUUGGGAUGCUGACUUCAGUGCACCUGCCUGGGAGGGCUUUAUUUGAGGCCAGUGAUCUGCCCAGGCUGCUCUCGUCACCAGGCUCCUCUCCUGUGCUGCCUUCAUCCUCUGGCACCGAGGUUUUCUGGGAAAAAACUCAUGGGAUAAACAGAUCCAAGGCCACACUGCAGAGAGAGAGAUGGUCCAGCCACUGCAACCCAUGGUUCAGCUUGGAGGAAACUGGUGAUGGAGAACCUCACAACUCCUCCUGCCUGGACCAGGUUCACCAACAGCUCCUUGGACCCAGGUGGCACAGAUGACAACCCCUACAAGUGCGUGUUUGACGAGGACUUCAAAUACGUCCUGCUGCCCGUCUCCUACGGCAUCGUGUGUGUGGUGGGGCUCUUUCUCAACCUGCUGGCCCUCUACGCCUUCAUCUUCAGGAUCAAGACCUGGAACGCCUCCACCACCUACAUGUUCAACCUGGCCAUAAGCGACACGCUCUACGUGGUGUCCCUGCCCCUCCUGGUCUACUACUAUGCCAUGGGGGACAACUGGCCCUUCAGCGUGGGGCUGUGCAAGAUCGUGCGCUUCCUCUUCUACACCAACCUCUACUGCAGCAUCCUCUUCCUGCUCUGCAUCAGCAUCCAUCGCUUCCUGGGCAUCUGCUUCCCGCUGAAGUCGCUGCAGUGGGGCCACGUGCGCCACGCGCGCAAGGUGUCGGUGGCCGUGUGGCUGGUGACCGUGGUGUGCCAGUCCCCCGUGCUCUUCUUCGUCACCACCAGCGCCAAGGGCGACACCAUCACCUGCCACGACACGUCCAGCAAGGACCUCUUCGGGCAGUUCGUCAUUUACAGCUCGGUGAUGCUGGUGCUGCUCUUCUGCAUCCCUUUCCUCAUCAUCAUCGUCUGCUACUGCCUGAUGGCCCGGCGGCUGCUCCAGCCCACCCGGGGCAUUUCCCGCCUGUCCCGCUCCAAGAAGAAGUCGGUGAAGAUGAUCAUCAUCGUCCUGGUGGUCUUCAUCGUUUGUUUUCUUCCUUUCCACGUCACUCGUACCUUGUACUACUCCUUCCGGAGCUGGGACCUGAGCUGCCAGACCCUCAAUGCCAUCAACUUGGCCUACAAGUUGACUCGUCCCCUCGCCAGCACCAACAGCUGCUUGGAUCCCAUUUUGUAUUUCUUAGCAGGGCAACGAUUUAUGAAGUUUGCGGGCAACAAAGUGCCCUGGAAGCCUCAGAAUGAGGUGGCUCUGGGCAUGGUGCCCAACAGUCAGCUGGGAACCAGCAGUGACACGGACACGCUCUCCAAGGAUCUGAAAUCCUAGCUCUGCCCCGCAGCAGAAGGGUUUAUCCUGGCUGUGAAGGGAGGACAGGAUGCUCUGGGGCCUGAGGCUUUGGGUGUUUGGGGUGUCUGUGUCAAACGUGCUCCUCUGCUUGUUUUGCUGUACUUUUUUCAGGAAGGUGCAGCUGUGGUUGCACACAUGAACCCUGAUCUCUGGCUCUGCAUCCCAGGCUGCCCCUCUGAUCAGCGCUGAGGUGACCAAAUCUGGGGAACAAAUUGUGCCCUGAGUGCCUUGAGUCAUUUUCCAAAGCAAGAAUGCCAUGUGCAAAAGGUCUCCCUAAAGAAUUCCAUGGCACGGGGAGAGACGGAGUUCCUCUGUGCCUUGGCAAGGCAGGAAAGGCUUUGAGUGGAUGAGGAGAGGCAGCUGCAGUUCUGCUGAGCAGCUUGAUGCAAAUGUCAAGGACAAGUAUCACCCACAGUGGGAAAGGGUCUCCCACAGCUUUGCAUCCCUGCAGAAAUGCUCUCCCAGCUUCAAGCUGGCAGAGCAGGGAUGGAAUCCCCAGCUCCUGUCCAAGGGCUGCCUUCCCACUAACCUGAUGGACAUUCCAUCCCACUGGAGUGCACCAGUAGCAGCCCACUGGAGUUUCCUGGUACCAUCGAGCAGGUCCCCUGUAGGUUUCUCCAGUGGGGCCAACAUCUUCCAAAAACCCCAUUAGUGCUUCCCAACAGCAGCAGCCACCCUUUAAAAGCUUUUAGGAACCUGCAGCUUCCAGCUGCUGGCUUUUAAUAAUCAUCUCCAGCUCAUUAAAAUUUAAGGUGAGCUCUUCAUGUCUUAUUUUUAACCCCCUUCCUGGUGACUCAUGUUUCCAGCCCAGCAGUGAAGACCAGUGUUCAUCCCCUUGGUUGAGUGCUGCCACAUCCCCAUUGCUGUCCCUCAGAGGUGACAGAAUUUUUUCAGCACUGAACCCUGAGUUGAGGAGGUGCAAGUGGUGCUGAGCUUCACCCCAUUCUGCCUGGAUUUGUAAAAAAUGUCCACAGAACAUUUCACCAGAAGGUGCUCUUGGUGUUUUUCCCUGUAAUUGUUGGGUUGGAGAGCGCAGAGCCCAGGUCCAUGGUUUCCCUGCCAGGAGGACACUGGUUCUUCCCCCCAAAAAUGAAAAUUGCUUGAGCUGCUGCACUGGACGAGUCACAUUUUGUAAAAGCUCUGUUUCAGGGCAAGGCAAACACAUUUGAUGUUGGCUUAGACCCAGACCUUAUUUUCUCCCAUCCUUCCUUCUUGUGAAGUUUGGUGGAGACAAAGCCACACCGUGAUGUCACCAGGUGUGUUCAGUCACGGGUGACUGGGACCAUUCAGAGCUAACUGGGAGGUUCCUGUGGUCCCACCCCCAGUGGGGAGCUCUUGUCUCAACCAACAGUGUCACAACCACAAUGUCACAAACAGGACAUUUGUAGGGUGGUUCAUGCCACCCUGGAGUGUGUUUGGGAUAGGAUUGGGUUAAGAGCGGACUUGCACCGUGGCAGCACCUUUAUUCCUUUGUUCUUGUGAAGGGAGCUUGGCUUGAUGGUGAGGGUCAUGGCACAGUCACUGGGGCGAGACAAACACCUGGGAGAAAGGAAUUCAGCCAGGGCACUGAGCUGGUACAAACAUCACUCCGGGCCAGGCCUUGCCCGGUCUCCCACACUUGCCAAAAAGCAGCGUGGACACGUUCCGUGCUCUGAAUAAUUCAACAAAAACAUACCCGAAGUUUCCUCCUCUGGUCCUGCCUGGAAAUCCCACCUCCCUCUGAGCUGGCCUCGAGCCACCACCCUGGGCAGCACUGCCAGUGCCAUCAGGGGUGUCCCUCAUCCUGUGAUCCUCAUCCCCAGUGAUCCCACUGGGAAGUGCAGAGCAGUUGGAGAGGUACCAGCUGGAAAUCUAGCUCUAGACUCUUUUUUGGUUUUGUUUGUAAAAGCACUAACUUAUACUAGAGAGAGAAAAAAAAAAGGUGAGUUUUAUGACAGUGACUGUACAUUUUUAUUUUUGUAACAUGCAAACACCUCAGAUUUCUGAUAGUAAAUGAGUUUAUUUCUACUACAAGCACUUCUCUGCUGUCUCCUCUGGUAUGUACAAAGAUGGGUAUUGGGGCUAAAAAUUGGGUUGUUGAGUACCAUGGAAAUGUUUUAAGCUCCAGGAACAGCUGUCCACUCUUCUGUGAAUCUUGAUCUCCACCUAAUUCAAUGAAUUCAAUCUCCACUCUUGAUUCAAGAUAUUCAUGGGGCUGGUGCCACCAGUUCUGGAAAAAUCCAGACAGCUCUGAGGUCAUGGCAGGACAAAACCCCUUGGAGUGUGACAAAUUCAAUAGCCAACCUUUUCUGGUUGUGUGUCCGUGGUCUUGGUAGAUUCUCCUAGGCUGCUCUUGUUGAAGACUAGAAUAGAUUGUUAGAUCAAGUAAUUAUUUAACAAAUCUCAAAAUAAUUAGUCUCCCAUCCCAUAUAACUUAUUUUGUUUUUCUGGUUCUCCCAGCCACUCAGAAGCUACCAAACCAAGAUGCUGGAAACUCCUCUGGUUCUCAGAGGCUCCUCACCUUCCCCUGCAGACACCAGGGGAAGCCUAACCACAGUCCCCAUGAAAAAAUACAUUUGGUUUCAACUUAGUUUUCAUUUGGUUUGCAAUUUAUCUUGGUCCCCAGCCUGGCUUUCACUGGGCCUUUCUCUCUUAGGACACGCUCAGCCCCAUGGAUGUGGAGUUAUAACGAGAUGAUCUUUAAGGUCCUUUCCAACCCUUCUGUGUUUCCAUGACUCUCUGGUUCUAUGAAUUCCUUCACUUUUCAUCCUGAAGCUGUUUUCAAAUCAUUUUACACUUGGUGUCCCAGCAGUGUCUUUAAGGGGCAGCCACAGUCACUCAUCAUGCCCUGUGGGACAGAAGCCCUUCAUGGUCCCCUGCACCAGGGCAGAAAGCUUUGCUUUGCUUACUCUUUUCAAGAACUUUGCAGCCCUUAGAGCUGCCAAAACACACAAAGUCUCAAAAGCACAGAGCCAGAGCAAUAGCUGUGAGCCCCAGAAUUGCUAAA